AUGAUACUACCAAAGAACCGCCCAGUUGUUAGUCUUCUUAUAAGGCAUUAUCACAGUGUUUCGGGUGAUUCUGGACAGGAACAUGUGUUGUCGCUGAUAAGAGAGAAAUUCUGGAUAAUCCGAGGAAGACUAAGCGUGCGAAAAGUCUUAAGUUGCUUUGAUUGCAGGAAACGACAAAAGAGACCAGAACAGCAGAUGAUGUCUGAUCUGCCUUCAGACMGAGUGACACCAGAUAAGCCACCCCUCACGUUUACCGCAGUUGGGUGUUUUGGACCGUUUCUAGUUGAGCRUGGAAGAUCCUACGUAAAGCGCUAUGGGGUCCUGUUCACGUGUUUAGCGAUCCGAGCUUUUCAUAUUAAAGUUGCCCACAGAAUGGAUACCUCAUCUUUAAUAAAUGCUUUACGACGAUUCAUCUCUAGAAGAGGCAUGCCAGAAGUAACGCGAUCAGUUAAUGGGGGAAACGUCAAGGCAGGAAAGAAAGAGAUCAGACAACUUAUCGACGAAUGGAACAAGGAACAGAUAGACGACUUCAUGCUUCAAAGAAAUAUCUGCUGGAAGUUCAACCGCCGCUUGCAUCGCAUAUGGGAGGAGCGUGGGAAAGGUGCAUACGUACUAUGA